AUGGGUUCCAUAAUUGAAAACACUCCCACUCUUCUCCAAGUUUCACCACUGCCACAAGAAGAUGGAAAAAAGACAAACUUUGGAGCAGUUGUGGAUGGCUUGGAUUUGAACAAUAUUAGCGACCGUGAUGUUCAAGCUCUGAAGGAGACUAUUUGGAAGCAUAAAGUGAUCAUUGUCAGAGGCCAGAAAAGUUUACAGCCUGUGAAACAAUGGGAGCUGGUUACGCGUUUUGAUCCCGACGCUCCGCAGGUCCACUCCCAUGGCGACGUGAAAAGCUUCAACAAGUUUGGUGGCCUGCUUUCGAAAAGCCGCGACGUCCUAGGCAUCCCAGGCGCUGAGAACGUCCGGCUGAUCGGCAAAGGAUACCAAGGAGCCGACCACUACGGGAUCAAGGACAAGACGGUCAAGAAGCCUCUGAGCCAUGACUGGCAUGCCACAAAGCUGUCGCAAGACGAAUUCGACAGUGGCCAUACCCGUUUCCAACGAUGGCACAUUGACGCGCCAUUGUACGAGCGCGACCCGGCGUGGUUCACCACUUUGCGCUGCAUCAAGCGCCCGACCGAACCUAAGGUUACCGUCCAUUGGGAUGACGGGUCGGGCCAGACCAUGGAAGUUGAGCCCGGCCUGACGGCCUUUUUCAGCAACGUCCAGACGUACGAGCUCAUGACCCCAGAGGAGCAAAAGGUGGCCGACCACAGCUGGGUCGAGUACGCACCGAGGCCGUACACCUGGAUGGGCGAAUGCCGAGGCAACCCCAACGGCCUGGGCGUCGCCUCCGAGGGACGCGAGAAGAGUCUCGAAGAGCUCGGAGACUGGGACCCUGCUCACGUCAAGCGCUAUCCCAUGGUCUGGGUGAACCCCGUCACUGGUGAGAAAGCUUUCAUGGUGCAUGGCAUCUGCGCAAGACGGGUUUUCCUGCGUUCGUCGCCCGAUGAGGAACCGAGAAUGGUCGACGACGUGGCCGAGAUUAGGCGCUGGUUAAAGCCCAUUCAGGAGCGAGUGCUGAAGCCCGAGUAUAUCAUGCUACCGAGUGUUCAGGAGGGAGACAUUGUAAUGUGGGCCAAUUGGCAGUGUUUCCACACUGCUGUAGAUUACCCUGACGCGUAUGGACCGAGGACGAUGCAUCAGGCAAAUAUCGGUGCAUCAUCUGCGCCUGUAGGACCAGUUCCCAUUCCCGUGCUGGCUUGA